AUGGAUGGGGUCACCGCAACGAAGCUGAAAAGUGAGUCCGCUCCUGUCCGCUCUCGGGUCUCCACCCCCCCCCCCCCCCUCCUUCGGUCGCGCACCUUUCUCUUUGCAUCGAGUCUUUAUCGCCACCCUGGUCUCCCUCUCUCCCUCUCCCUCCCUCUUUCCCCACGGCUCGCAGAAAACAAGUGACCCUCUCCCUUGACCUCGCCUCGCCCUACGCUUGCCCCGUUCUCCCCCUGCUGGCCAUCUUCCUCGAGAACGACGCCUUUGAGAGCACCCCCCAACUCGACUGCCUCGCCACACUGCGCCUCGACAAGCCCGUCCCCCUCGUCCUGCGUCCCGGCGUCCUCGACCGCUACGUCUCUCGCGCCUCGGAACGUGGCAACACGAGCAUGACAGGCGACACCCCUUGUGGCUGCGACUGGUUCGGCCGCACGCUCCAGGCCCUCGGCACGGCGCUCGGCUGGGUCGUAACCCACACGUUGUACGUUUGGCGAGGCUUCCCUGCCAACGCCAUCAACGUGCCCGAGGUGACCGUCGCGGAGCGCCGCCUGCUCAUGGGGCACAGCGCGGACUUGACGGCGUACGAGCGGUACUACCAGAGCCGCCGUACCAAGGUCGACACUCGGGCGCCCUUUGAUCCCUUCAGUUUGGACUCGGAAUCAAUGAGGCUCGAGAGCGAUCUCGUGCCUUUCACCGGCCCACGGACGAGGACGCCACCAAGCUGA